AUGCUCACAAUAUUAAUAAUUAGCUUAGUGUUUGCGCACAACCAUCUCGUCAGCAAAGACCCCAGAGAAUGCAAAUGUCACGUGGAAAAUGCCUCAGAACUAUCUGGCAGAGUAAGAAGCCUGAACAUCUCCCUGCAAGCCCCUGGGAUGGUAACAACCACGGGGAAGUUAAGCAGAACCAAAAAAGUCAUCACUCUGGGAUGCUUUAGUCUUCAGCGCCCCGUGCAGGUAAAUCUGCUGUUUUUGGAGAAGCUGCAGGGAGAUUUGAGAAACCAGACAGCAGAGAAAUGUGCCCUGCAGAGCCUGAAAGUUGUCGCCAUUGCAGACAGGAAACCUGCUGUCAGCCACACCUGGGUUCUACUGACACGCCGCAGAAAAAACUUUCAGAGAACGUUUAUUCUUAGAGAAAAAGUGUUCCUGGCAGGGAUAUCAAAUUGUGCUAUAAGAGCAGAGCUGCCCAAGCUGAAAGCUUUUUCCAAGAGUUCGACUGUCCCACCUGUGCACCAAGAAAACAAAACUUUAGAGAAAGGAAUUCCAUCCUCAAAUGACAAAGAUAUGCUGAACAUACAAAUAACAAGUAUCAUCAUCAAAGCGUUCAUCGCUUGUGUCCUGUUAGCCUUUGCAAUAUCCUACAUCGUGUUUGUUAUAUGUGAGAAUUCCUGCCCG